UGGCUAGAGGACGCUUAGAAGAGCCGGAACCCGGGAGAGAGAGAAGCGAAAUGACAUUUCCUCUUUAAAUAGCUAGAGCCAGGGCUCGGUUGAGAAAUGGCCGCGUCGGCAGAUUUAAAUAAGUCUUCCCCAACACCGAAUGGGAUUCCAUCUUCAGACACAGCCAGCGAUGCCAUGGACCCCUUCCAUGCUUGCAGUAUUCUUAAGCAACUCAAAACAAUGUACGAUGAAGGACAGUUGACAGACAUUGUAGUGGAAGUGGAUCACGGGAAAACAUUUUCCUGUCAUAGAAACGUUCUUGCUGCAAUCAGCCCUUACUUCAGAUCCAUGUUCACUAGUGGCCUUACAGAAAGUACUCAAAAAGAAGUUCGAAUAGUCGGUGUUGAAGCUGAAUCAAUGGAUUUAGUGCUGAACUAUGCUUACACCUCCAGAGUUGUUCUGACAGAGGCCAAUGUUCAAGCCUUGUUCACUGCAGCCAGCAUCUUCCAGAUUCCUUCCAUCCAAGACCAGUGUGCUAAGUAUAUGAUCAGUCAUUUGGACCCACAAAAUUCUAUUGGGGUCUUCAUCUUUGCUGAUCAUUAUGGUCAUCAGGAACUUGGAGAUCGAUCAAAAGAAUAUAUUCGUAAAAAGUUCCUGUGUGUCACCAAAGAACAAGAGUUUCUCCAGUUGACAAAAGACCAACUGAUAAGCAUACUAGACAGUGAUGAUUUAAACGUAGACCGAGAAGAACAUGUUUAUGAAAGCAUUAUAAGGUGGUUUGAACAUGAACAGAAUGAAAGAGAAGUGUACCUUCCAGAAAUUUUUGCCAAAUGCAUACGUUUUCCUCUGAUGGAAGAUACCUUUAUAGAGAAAAUUCCACCUCAGUUUGCACAAGCUAUAGCGAAAAGUUACGUAGAAAAGGGAUCAUCCAGUACCAAUGGCUGUACACAGAGACUUGGAAUGACUGCAUCUGAAAUGAUUAUAUGUUUUGAUGCUGCCCAUAAACACUCAGGAAAGAAGCAAACAGUGCCUUGUCUAGAUAUAGUCACAGGAAGAGUGUUUAAACUAUGCAAACCACCAAAUGAUUUAAGAGAAGUUGGGAUUCUUGUAUCACCAGAUAAUGACAUUUACAUUGCAGGAGGGUAUAGGCCAAGCAGCAGUGAGGUAUCCAUCGACCAUAAGGCAGAAAAUGAUUUCUGGAUGUAUGACCAUUCCACCAAUAGGUGGCUAUCCAAACCCUCCUUGCUUCGAGCCAGAAUAGGCUGCAAACUGGUGCACUGCUGUGGUAAGAUGUAUGCAAUUGGAGGUCGUGUUUAUGAAGGCGAUGGGAGAAACUCACUCAAAUCUGUGGAGUGCUACGACAGCAGAGAGAAUUGCUGGACAACUGUUUGUGCGAUGCCUGUUGCGAUGGAGUUUCACAACGCUGUGGAGUACAAGGAGAAGAUUUAUGUUUUGCAGGGAGAAUUUUUUCUCUUCUAUGAACCUCAAAAAGACUACUGGGGUUUUUUAACCCCCAUGACUGUGCCUAGAAUCCAGGGCUUAGCAGCUGUAUACAAGGACUCUAUAUACUACAUAGCUGGAACCUGUGGAAAUCACCAACGUAUGUUUACUGUAGAAGCCUAUGACAUUGAGCUAAAUAAAUGGACUCGCAAGAAGGACUUUCCAUGUGAUGAGUCCAUAAAUCCAUACCUUAAACUGGUACUUUUCCAGAAUAAACUCCAUUUAUUUGUUCGAGCUACUCAAGUGACCGUUGAAGAACAUGUCUUCAGAACCAGCAGAAAAAAUUCCCUUUACCAAUAUGAUGACAUUGCUGACCAAUGGAUGAAAGUGUAUGAGACCCCAGAUAGACUCUGGGACCUUGGCCGGCAUUUUGAAUGUGCUGUGGCUAAACUCUAUCCUCAGUGUCUUCAGAAAGUACUUUAAUGAGGAGCAGGCCUUAGUGAGCUCACUGGCAUCUUGUAUUUGAGGAAACCUAGUCUUUCAAUGAUACAAGAAGUGCUGUCAGUAUUCAAGAAAGCUGAGAGAGUUUGUAAACAGAAAUGGGUGCUCUUUAAGAUUACAGUGUAGGAACAGAUUACUUUUCAUCCUUGUGAUGUUUUCAUUUCAGUAAGCAAAAGGUAACAAAGUGCAAUUAUCAGCAUUUUUUUUUUCUGGUAUAAAAGUAAUAUUAUUUUAGAAUUUUGUGAAAAGUGGUCACUGAGAGAGGUAACUAUGCACUCUGCUAAGAACCUUUAGGAUAUUAUUGGUUAGAGACAUCCAAACUAGUUUGAUGUGACUUUUUGUUUUAAAUACGGGUAAAAAUCUGAGGCAAUAUCACUAGAACUUUAGCUGUGACCUCUCUAAUGCAGAGAAGUACUAACUUAGAUCCUCAUUCUUAAUAUAUAGAUAUAUAUAUAUAUAGAUAGAUAGAUAUAUUUGUGUACUGUUUUCAAGUGUACUGAGAUUUAAGUGUGUUUUGUUAUUAGAGUAGAUUGAAAGGAAAGCAGAUCAGUCUCAGAAAGAACAUUUAGUUUGAUUCAUAUUUUUCUGUGUAACUUUAAGUUAAGCUAAAGUUUUAAAGUAGCAGUUUUCUGUUGAUAAGCUUUAUAAGUGCUAACACUGUCUCAUUUUUUAAAAUCCCAAAAAGGGCUCGAAUUCACAGGUAGCUGGUGCUAGUAUAAAUUAGUUCAUGUGCAUAGCUAGGCAGAUUUAAAUUGUCUGAGCCUACACUUAUCUUCAAAUUGGGAUGUUGAUUUUGUGGCCAUAAUAGAUUACCUGUUGAAUUCUUGUGAUUUUACAAGAUUCUCUACUCACAAGAUAUGGCCAGUUAUUGGUCUAACUGGACUCAGUCUUAGAAUAGUGAAACCAUUAUUCUUAGUUUGCACUAACACGGGUCAUUUUGUUGCUUGACCUCCUUCCUUGUCUCUACCUAUCCAUUCAUUUUGGUACAUUGAAAAGUAACUCAUUUUUCUUCUGCACAGAACAUAAUGUGAAGUUUUACAGCUACUUUUAAAAUUCUGUUUUUCAGAAACAUAAAACUCCUUCCAUGGCCUGAUUUAAUGGCUUUUACAUUAUAUAUGACAAUUGAAACCUCAUUUUUUUUCAUUUUUUUGCACUUAACAUUGAUGGAUAUUUUCAUAUUGAAAACCCUGUCUAGCUGAAGUUGACUGAGAAGGUAAAGAAUGUCAGAACCAUAGCAUUUUAGGUACUAAAUCGUUUUUCAUAGAUAACUGGUGAAUUCCUAAUAAUAAGUUAGGAAUAUUAACAUAAAGUACAAACCAAUUGAUAUGUAAUACCUAAGGCAGAUAUUUGAACUAGUAACUUAUUUUUUACUAUGCCUAGAAUAAUUGAUAAAGACUGUAAGUAUAGCCUAGAGUCUGUCCUAAACUAGAACAUUUUGAUUCUCUUAAAGAAAACAAACUAGCAUGGUUUGUAUUUAAAACUCUUGCACAAAUUGUAAUGUGAUACUGUGAAACAAAUUUAAAACAUUGCCUCUUUGCAUCACAUACCUCGUUUUUCAGAAACUUUUCAAAUUACUUGUAGACCUUUACAAGUAGGAAUGUUUUCUGAAGCAGAAUUUAAAGUGGACAGCAUUUAUAGAAUUCACAGUUUAAAAUCUAGGCUUGGGAGGCUAGGAAUGUGUGGUUUCUUCUUUGGGCCUUGAAAGUAUAUCUAUAAUCUCUUUAUAAAUUUUGUCAACCAAUAACCUAUUUUUUUCUCUGCAGUUUUUUCUGUAUUUCUGUUUUCUUUAUGUUUUGAGGUUAUUUCUGUGUGUUUUUUGAAGCGUCCUUACAGUGUUGCAUUGCAGAGGGGAUGAAAAAACAAAAAAAGUCAACUUUUGUGAGAGAUGUUCGUGUAAUUUAUUUUUGAGAGCUUUUUUGAAUAUCUAAGAUUUCCUGCCGCUUUUGGACAAUCUUCUGUUUUUAUAUAGAAAUAUGUGUUACUUGAAAACAUGACAUAGAACUUUGAGUUGGCAACUUACUUGUGCCGUAUGAUAUAUAGAAGUACAACACACUGUGGUUAAUUCUGCAGCAGAUUUAUUCUUUUGAUCUGCAUAACAGUUGAUCCUUUUGCUAUAACAAUUUAUAUUGAGGGUGUGAUCUAAGUAUAGUGUAUCAAUGUCAAGGUUUAGAAUUUGCUAUGGGAGUAGAAUAUAUAUUACAUUUUGUAUGAAGAACUAUUUGUUUAAAUUAUAUAGCUGGGAUAUUUUGCCACUUUUAAAAUGAUUUCAGAAGAGGUCCUAGAAAUCUAAGAUUAGUAAUAUGUAUGGGUAUAUGUUUAGAUAUUUAAGGUACAUUUGCAUAGUAUGAUAAUACAAGUAAAAGGCACAAUGGGUACUAAAGAAUUAAAAUAUAGUUUCACACAUGCCAGUCCCACUUUAACCUUGUUUUGCAUUUGAAGAAUGUAUGUAGCACUUUCCUAUAUAUUUUUUACACAUUGAAAAUUGUAUUUGGUAUAACUAUGUUAUAGGAAAGUAGAAAUUGUAUUCUUUAUUGUCCAUCUUUGUUUUCUGUUAUCCUACAAAGUUGAUACUUAAGCAUCAAGCUGAUUUCAUUGGUGCAUGAGAAAAGUUGAUGUGCUCUGCGAGGAAUCAGAUUCCCUAUGUGAAGCAAUUUAAAAUGGCAUUCAAUGUUCAGUGCUCAGGUAUGUAGUAAGUACUGUAGUCCUAUGGGGGCAAGUGUAUAGAUAUUUUAAAACAUUUUGCCAUAAUUGCACAAAAUUUUUUGCAUUUUUACCUGAUUGUUUCUUAUAAUAAAACAUUUUCUGAUUGGAAAUGUCUAUUGUAAACUGACCUCUGAUUAGUGAGUUUUGCAGAAUUAAAA